AUCUAUAUUUCGACUGGACAGCAAAAGGGCAUGCGCGUGUGGAGCUCGACGGCCAUGUCCAUAUAGGAAGCUCAGCCCGCAGUCGGCAGUUGAAGAAUCGAGGCAAAAGUGAAGAGCUUUCGCUUUUCCCCCCUUUUCUCGAAGAAGAAAUGGCAUCGAUGUUGAUGACAAUGGCGUCCUUAUCAGCUGCACAGCUGCAUCAGCCGAGGUCCCGGGUUCGUGUCUGCAGCUUCUGGGAUAACAGUUGUGCCCUCCAUGACACCACAAUUGUCAAAUUAAACCUUAGGCAACAGGACUUCUUUCCAAGGCCAUUAGUAUGUCGCAUUCAACGUGUUAGAUGUCCGGGGUACUUGCCCGAGCCUUUAUCAGCCGCUCGUUCAGGUUUAGAAGCUUCAAUUACGGAUGAAGAUGUCAAGGCAAUAACUCUGAAAGAUGCCAAGAUAGCCGUAGAAUCUCAAAAUGAAAAUGAGAUGCAACUGCGAGUAGACGUGACUGGGGAAGAGACACAGAGGGUGUUUGAUAUGGUUCUGGUUAAUCUUGCUCGGACAGCACCACCAAUUCCAGGGUUUCGUAGACAGAAAGGAGGAAAAACAUCGAAGGUCCCAAAGGAUUUCCUGUUACAGAUGCUGGGAGAAGAACGCGUGACCAAAUUUGUGAUCCAAGAAAUAGUUACUUCGUCUAUGACUGAUUAUGUAAAGAAGGAAAAUUUAAGGGUGAAAGACAAGAAAAUGAGCACGACCCAGACAGUCGAAGAGCUUAGAUCAUUGUUUUCUCCUGGAAAUGAUUUCGCUUUUAAUGCUAUAUUGGAACUAGAAAGUUCAGAAGCUGAGGAGCCAAAUACAAGCUCGAGUGACCCCGCAAGCUGAAAUUUCUCUCGCUGAAGCUUCCGGAUCUUUCCGCGGGUUAUGUAUAGGAAUUCAGUCAUGGAAACCAGUUAACGUUAUAUUCACCCGAUAUUUAUUUUAUGCUCAAGAUUUUCUAUAGUCGCUACUCCAAUUUGAUUAUGUAAAGGGGGUUUCUUGAUUCUUUUGUUGAUAGUCGGGUUGAGAUGCAUUGCUAGAUUUUUUCUCUCA